GGCUGGAAUAGAGUGCUGCCCAGGCGAGGGCAGAAGAAGCAGGAAGGGAGGCGGCGGAAGGUGUGGCUGAAGCGCUUCCAAUAGAGUCCCUGAGGCCGGGGCGGGUUUGGGUGAGCUCCGUGACGGGGCUCUCCGAAUAUCCCUCCCUCCUGCAACCGGCGCCACGGCGAGCGGGGGCUUGAGCAUGGCCGAGUCAACAGCCAGCGUGGGAGCCACAGCGACUGUCACCGAAACUGAGGUGACUGAGCCGGAGAAUCGCAGCCUUACCAUCAAGCUGAGGAAACGAAAGCCAGCCAAGAAGGUGGAAUGGUCAAGUGACACGGUGGACAAUGAACACUUGGGACGCCGAUCUUCCAAAUGUUGCUGCAUCUACGAGAAGCCCCGGGCUUUUGGCGAGAGCUCGACGGAGAGUGAGGACGAGGACGAUGAAGGCUGUGGCAACGCUCACUGUAUCCGAGGCCACAAGAAAGGCCAGCGGGGGAAAGCGCAGGAUAAAGCAGGGGAAGCUGGUCCUUCAGAGGGCAGCAGCCCCCAGAAGUCAGAGCCACCCGACCAAAACCACGCUGGGGCCAUGCAGCACUGAACCCCACCCUGCCACAGCGGGGAGGAGAGCCCCAACUCCAACCCCAACCAGGGACUGACGCUGCCCCGGCUCUGGGGUAAAGGGGGGAGGGAGGGGAGGGCAAGGCAGGGCACAUGCAUCCAGCCCCACCCCCUGAAUCUGUUUUGUGCCGGUGCUCACGCCAUCUUGGGGGGGAGGGAAGGGAGGGCACGCGCAUUCCUCUCCCUGUCUGUCUCGUGCCAGUGCUGCUGCUGUUAUUGUCUUAUCUGUGGCUGGUGAGUCCGUCUGGUGCUGCCCGUCCUGCCCCGCAUAGAAUGUAUUGACAGAGCCAUCCGGAUUCCUUGGCUGAUUUUUUUUUUGUCUGCUUCUCAAUUAAAUAUUUGUAUCAGUGAUGAA